GCUCAUUUGUAGGCUGAACUAAUGACUGCCGCCAUAAGAAGACAGAGAGAACUGAGUAUCCUCCCAAAGGUGACACUGGAAGCAAUGAACACCACAGUGAUGCAAGGCUUCAACAGAUCUGAGCGGUGCCCCAGAGACACUCGGAUAGUACAGCUGGUACUCCCAGCCCUCUACACAGUGGUUUUCUUGACCGGCAUCCUGCUGAAUACUUUGGCUCUGUGGGUGUUUGUUCACAUCCCCAGCUCCUCCACCUUCAUCAUCUACCUCAAAAACACUUUGGUGGCCGACUUGAUAAUGACACUCAUGCUUCCUUUCAAAAUCCUCUCUGACUCACACCUGGCACCCUGGCAGCUCAGAGCUUUUGUGUGUCGUUUUUCUUCGGUGAUAUUUUAUGAGACUAUGUAUGUGGGCAUCGUGCUAUUAGGGCUCAUAGCCUUUGACAGAUUCCUCAAGAUCAUCAGACCUUUGAGAAAUAUUUUUCUAAAAAAAACUGUUUUUGCAAAAACGGUCUCAAUCUUCAUCUGGUUCUUUUUGUUCUUCAUCUCCCUGCCAAAUAUGAUCUUGAGCAACAAGGAAGCAACACCAUCGUCUGUGAAAAAGUGUGCUUCCUUAAAGGGGCCUCUGGGGCUGAAAUGGCAUCAAAUGGUAAAUAACAUAUGCCAGUUUAUUUUCUGGACUGUUUUUGUCCUAAUGCUUGUGUUUUAUGUGGUUAUUGCAAAAAAAGUAUAUGAUUCUUAUAGAAAGUCCAAAAGUAAGGACAGAAAAAACAACAAAAAGCUGGAAGGCAAAGUAUUUGUUGUCGUGGCUGUCUUCUUUGUGUGUUUUGCUCCAUUUCAUUUUGCCAGAGUUCCAUAUACUCACAGUCAAACCAACAAUAAGACUGACUGUAGACUGCAAAAUCAACUGUUUAUUGCUAAAGAAACAACUCUCUUUUUGGCAGCAACUAACAUUUGUAUGGAUCCCUUAAUAUACAUAUUCUUAUGUAAAAAAUUCACAGAAAAGCUACCAUGUAUGCAAGGGAGAAAGACCACAGCAUCAAGCCAAGAAAAUCAUAGCAGUCAGACAGACAAUAUAACCUUAGGCUGACAAUUGUACAUAGGGUUAACUUCUAUUUAUUGAUGAGACUUCCGUAGAUAAUGUGGAAAUCAAAUUUAACCAAGAAAAAAAGAUUGGAACAAAUGCUCUCUUACAUUUUAUUAUCCUGGUGUACAGAAAAGAUUAUAUAAAAUUUAAAUCCACAUAGAUCUAUUCAUAAGCUGAAUGAACCAUUACUAAGAGAAUGCAACAGGAUACAAACGGCCACUAGAGGUCAUUAUUUCUUUUCUGUUUUUUUUUUUUUUUUUUUUUUUAAUUUCAAGAGCAUUUCACUUUAACAUUUUGGAAAAGACUAAGGAGAAACGUAUAUCCCUACAAACCUCCCCUCCAAAUACCUUCUCACAUUCUUUUCCACAAUUCACACAACACUACUGCUUUUGUGCCCCUUAAAUGUAGAUAUGUGCUGAAAGAAAAAAAAAAAAAAGCCCAACUCUUGAAGUCCACUGCUGAAAACUGCAGCCAGGGGUUGAAAGGGAUGCAGACUUAAAGAGUCUGAGGAACUGAAGUGGGUCAGCAAGACCUCUGAAAUCCUAGGUAAAGGAUAUUCUCCUUACAAUUACAAACAGCCUCUUUCACAUUACAGUAAUAUACCAUAGGAGGCACAAGCACCAUUAUUAAGCCACUUUGCUUACACCUUAAGUGUGUACAAUUCAAGUGUGAGAAUGCUGUGUUAACUAUUCUUUGGAAUUCUCCUUCUGUCCAGCAAAUACUCUAAUGAUGGUUAAACAUGGCACCUACUCAGCAAUGCUUUCCGGGACCACAACCCCUAUGCCCCUGCCCCACCCUCCUCAUUAAAAAUAAAUACUUCUACUGUUUGGGUGUGUGAUAGGGUUCUCAAUGCAGAUCCCCCUUUUCUAGUUAGCUAUAUUCUUGACUGCAUCCGCUAAAAAUGUUAAAGCUUCUUGAGAGACAGACAUGCCAGAUUUUCUUGGUAUCUCCCACAAUACGACCUACAGUCCAUGGUCUACAGAUGUUUUAAAUAGAAUUGCUAUUCUUGAUACAUACAAAGAUGUAAUUGCUGACCCACAAUCAGUAACAUCCAUAUUGGGAGAUUUUUCAAAGGAUGGUGACCCUGCUUGUAUUCAUUUACCUUGGUAUUUUUUCUUGCAUCCUUUUGUGAUUCAAAAAAGUAAAAUGUGGCUUUCUGAAAUGAUGGAUAAGAGUCUACAUCUUCUAGAAAAAAUACACAAAGGAGUAGUUAAGCUCUGUGAAUGUGCCACGAGCUCCAACACGACCAUCAUAAGGUGAAGCCCACGUUUUCUUCCAUGGCCUCAAAGGCCCUAGAACUUGCCUACCUUUCUGGCCUUACCUCCUAGCUACUUAUCCAUCUCUUGAAUUUUAUACUCUUGUAUAAAUUUCUAACUUUCAGAAAAUGCCAUAUUCCGUUUUGGCACCACACAUGUAUAUUUCCUCCUGGUACACUUGGAAGACUCUUAUCCAUCUGUGAAACCCUAUGUUGCCAUCACUUGGUCCAUGAAAUUUACCUGGCCAAUAUCCCACCAUCACCUCAAACCCAAUCACCCCCUCCUCUGUAUGCUGUCACACCUAUAUUAUUAAACUUAUCACAAUGCAUUGUAAUUACUUCCUGACCUUUGUAUCUACUCUUUUAGUAACUGAUGUAUAUAUCUGAAAGGAAAGAUUGUUUCAUUGUGCAAUCAAUAAAUGUUUGAUAAAAUAAAGCCCAUUUGGUUUAUUUUAUGUAUUAGAGAAGCAAAAGGGAAGCCAAUUCUCAUUGAUGUUUUUAUUAUCCAAAGACAAUAUAAAUUUCUUGAAAUGAAAGCUCAAGCUCUGUCCACUCUCCUAUAACAUGUACGUAGGGCCUGAAAAUUGUGGUGCUCCUGGGGUCACUAGUGAAUGAUCAUGACAACAGGAGGAUCAUGGAAUAGCCAAAUCCAAAGUUUGAACGCUAUAGACAAAAUCCUUUAGCUAUGCACUGUUGAUAAUGGUUAAGUAAAAUUUGUAACUGUGAAUAUAACAAACACCUUUAGAAAGUACUCUUGAUGUCUGAUCUUCAUUCUCUCCGAUAAAAGAGUUAAAUAAUCAUUACUAUUAGGGAUGCCACUAAAUCCAUAUUACCUCUACUGAGUACAUUACACAAUCACAAGUAGACUAUAAUCUUGUAAAUAACUGCAUCCAAGCUACCCUUGUUAAACAGCCAGGUAUGUUUGGUGGGGUAACCUAUGUAUUUUGCCUCUAAUGACAUUUUCAAUCUCUACUUAAUGUGGGUACACCUAAAGUAUACAAUUUUUAGGAAAGAUCUUUCAAGAUAAAUUCCGAGACCAAAUCUGUCAUCCAUAAAUACAAAUACUUCAUUCCAUUAUAAUAUUCCACUCAAAGGCAGAGUGCCUGAUCUGUAGAAUAAAAUAAUCUAUUACAUCAAGAACUUGGUGAAGAGGAAUAGUAGAGAGAUCUUAAAAUCACUUUCACAAAAUGAAGAACUUCCUAAACUAGCAAUCACAAAUACUAAGUUCUAAAAUAUUAAAAAAAAAAAAGAUGCUACAAUAUAGUCAUAAAUGAUACACCAAAAAGAAUAAAAGAAAAUAAUAGCUUUGGACUGAUAGAAUAUGUGAGCUCAGAAUACAAAGGCUUUUGUCAAAAGUUAAAAUGUAAUUACUUGUACAAAUAAAUAGGAUAAGAUCUUCCCAAUAACCUUCAAGAAAAGAGAGGGGUUGAAGGGAGUUAAGUUCCCACACACGGAAGAAUUCUUGAGAAACCAAGGAAGACAACUGUAAAGUGGAAAGGAUGAGGCAGAGAAGGAGUGAGAAUUCUCAAUUCAUGUAAGCCAAAAGGUAGAUAAAGUCAUUAUGUCAUAACUUAUAAAACAAUCAUUCAAUCUUAUUAAUCCCAUUAUUUCUUACAUUCCAUAUCCAUUUAAAAGCUUUUGCCUUUCA